CGGGAAUUGAAAUUUUGUCGUGUUUUAUAUCUUAAAAACUCUUAUCUUUCUCGUCUCCCUAUCCCAUCCUCACUCGGCCUGCUUCAUCGUUCUUCUCCUCCAUUUUUUCGUUAAACCCUAUACCCUAAAGCCGCCGAGUCGCCCCACCCCAUGAAUCCCUCUCUUCUCCUUUCUCCCCCUUCCUCUCACCCUCGCCCUCUUCUCUUAUUCCCUUUCACCCCUAAUUCCCUCCCCAGGCCCUCUCGACGUCGUUUCAGGGUCUCUUUCCCCCGCAGCUCCCUCUCUACCCAUGACCAACCCGCUUCCUCAUCGGAAACGGAAGCCCCCAACAUUUUCGGAGGCCCCAAGGAGCUGACUGGCAUCCAACCCUUGGUUCAGAAUUUGUCGCCGCCCGUUAGACUAGCCACUUCUGCUGUCAUCCUUGCUGGUGCUUUAGCUGCUGGGUACGGCCUCGGCCUUCGUUUCGGUGGCAAUCGGAAUGCCGCCUUUGGUGGAGCAGCCGUCCUCGGGGCUGCUGGCGGAGCGGCCGUCUAUGCGGUGAACGCCGCUGUUCCGGAAGUUGCGGCUGUUACUUUGCAUAAUUAUGUAGCUGCCUAUGAUAGCCCCGAUGCUAUCAAGAGAGAAGAUAUUGAGAAUAUUGCGCAAAAAUACGGAGUGAGCAAGCAGGAUGAGGCAUUUAACAUGGAGCUUUGUGAUUUGUACUGUCGGUUUGUAUCUUCUGUGCUUUCCUCUGGAAGUGAAGAUCUUAGAGGCGAUGAAGUUGAAACCAUAAUCAGCUUCAAAAAUGCAUUAGGCAUUGAUGACCCUGAUGCAGCUUCCAUGCAUAUGGAGAUUGGUAGGCGAAUCUUUAGGCAAAGGCUUGAGACUGGAGAUCGUGAUGGUGAUUUAGAGCAGCGGCGGGCAUUUCAGAGGCUGAUUUAUGUUUCAACUCUAGUUUUUGGGGAUGCAUCAACUUUUCUUUUGCCUUGGAAGCGUGUUUUUAAGGUCACUGAUGCACAGGUUGAGAUUGCUAUCCGUGAUAAUGCCAAACAAUUGUAUGCUUCCAAGUUAACUUCAGUUGGAAGAGAUGUUGGUGAGGAAUUGCUUGUCUCCCUUAGAAAAGCACAACUGAAAUACAAACUUUCUGAUGAGCUUGCCAAGGAUCUGUUGAUGGAGCACAAAAGAAAGCUAGUUGAGGAAAAUAUUUCUGUGGCACUCAACAUACUGAAGUCUAGGGCGAGAACUGUUGGGGGAGUCAAGCAAGCUGUCGAAGAGCUUGACAAGAUAUUGUCAUUCAAUGAUUUGCUUAUCUCUUUGAGUAAACACCCAGAUGCUGAUCGUUUUGCCUGUGGGCUUGGUCCUGUCUCUCUAGUUGGUGGUGAGUAUGAUAGUGACAGAAAGAUGGAUGACUUGAAGCUUCUUUAUAGGGCUUAUGUAUCUGAUUCUUUAUCUGGUGGCCGUAUGGAAAAGGAUAAGCUUACUUCAUUGAACCAAUUGAGGAACAUACUUGGCUUGGGCAAUAAAGAAGCAGAAGCUAUCAUACUUGAUGUUACUUCGAAAGUAUAUCAGAAACGGCUUUCAGAGGCUUUUCAGGGUGGUGACCUUGAGAUGGCAGAUAGCAAGGCUGCCUUCCUCCAGAAUCUUUGUGAAGAAUUGCACUUUGAUCCACAAAAGGCUAGUCAGAUUCACGAAGAAAUCUACCGGAAAAAGCUUCAACAAUGUGUAUCUGACGGUGAGCUGGAUGAAAGUGAUGUUGCUGCAUUGCUGAAGGUGCGAGUCAUGCUCUGCAUUCCUCAGCAAACUGUUGAUGCAGCUCACUCAGAUAUCUGUGGCAGUUUGUUUGAGAAGGCCGUGAAGGAUGCUAUUUCUGCUGGUGUUGAUGGCUAUGAUGCCGAUGUAAAGAAUGCUGUGAGGAAAGCUGCACAUGGUUUGCGAUUAACUAGAGAAGCAGCUAUGUCGAUUGCGAGCAAGGCUGUCCGUAAGGUUUUCUUGAAUUAUGUGAAACGGUCUCGAUCGGCGGAUAAUCGGACAGAAUCCGCAAGAGAACUUAAAAAGUUGAUUGCCUUUAACACCUUGGUUGUCACGGAAUUGGUGGCAGACAUCAAAGGGGAAUCUUCUGAUACUCCAUCAGAAGAACCUGCUAAAGAGGAAGUAAAAGAAGUUGACGAGGAUGAUGAAUGGGAAUCCCUUCAGACACUUAGGAAAAUAAAACCUAACAAGGAACUUAAUGCAAAGUUGGGCAAGCCAGGCCAAACAGAGAUAACACUCAAAGAUGACCUCUCCGAAAGAGAUCGUAUGGACCUCUACAAAACGUACUUGUUAUAUUGUCUGACAGGUGAAGUCACCAGGAUUCCUUUUGGUGCUCAAAUAACCACGAAGAAGGAUGAUUCAGAGUAUGUUCUACUGAACCAGCUUGGUGGGAUCCUUGGUUUGACAAGUGAGGAGACAGUAGAAGUCCAUCGGAGUUUGGCGGAGCAGGCUUUUAGGCAACAAGCUGAGGUGAUUUUAGCUGAUGGACAGUUGACCAAGGCUAGGAUGGAGCAGCUCAAUGAGCUGCAGAAGAAUGUUGGCUUACCUGGACCAUAUGCACAGAAAAUAAUAAAGAGCAUAACAACUACCAAAAUGGCAGCUGCUAUUGAAACAGCUAUUGGUCAAGGGAGACUCAACAUUAAGCAGAUAAGGGAACUCAAGGAAUCAGGUGUUGAUUUAGACAACAUGAUCUCAGAGAGCUUACGGGAAAACCUCUUCAAGAAAACUGUAGAUGAGAUUUUCUCAUCAGGCACUGGUGAGUUUGAUGAAGAAGAAGUCUAUGACAAAAUCCCAGCAGAUCUCAAGGUUAAUCCUCAGAAGGCAAAAGGUGUUGUUCAUGAUCUCGCACGGACUAGAUUGUCCAAUUCACUUGUUCAAGCUGUGGCACUGCUACGGCAGAGAAAUCGACAGGGAGCGGUUUCCUCGCUUAAUGACUUGCUAGCUUGUGACAAAGCUGUGCCUUCGGAGCCACUAUCAUGGGAGGUGCCGGAGGAGCUAGCUGAUCUGUUUGGUGUAUACGCCCAAAGUAAUCCUGCUCCUGAGAAGUUGUCCCGCUUGCAGUAUCUGCUUAACAUAAGUGAUUCAGUGGCGGCAGCUGCCAAAGAGAUGGGACAUGGAGCAGUAUCAGUCGGAGCAGAGGAAGAAAAGUUUGUGUUUUGAAUGUUUGCUUGAAAUUGUGGUGUAGAGAGCCAUUUGUUUAGGAAGCUCAGUUUUGAAGGCUUUUCCUUUUCUAUAUGUUACUAAGUUGAAAAGAGGUAGGAUGGCGAUAGUGAUGAAGGUGUUUGAUCUUAAUUGCUGCUUUCUUCUUGCUCUAUCCGUGUUUUCCUUAACACUUAUUAUUUUUACUCAAUGGUAUUUUCCAAAACAUGAUAUUCUCUCUUUAAUAUAUAAUAAUAACAACGAAAAUUCUCUGA